AUGGACCUCACCACCACCUGCAGAUUCCUCUCCACGCCCACCGCCUUCCUCGUAGCAGGCUACUACGCCUCCAUGUCCCAAAACGCCGUCGCCGUCCUCCUCUCGCAACCCCCCAAAACCUCCCUCCCACUCUUCUCGCAAAUCUACCAUCGCGGCUUCGCCGUCGUCGCGCCGGGGGCCCUCAUCGCCACUCUUGCUUUCGCUUACCUGGGCUAUGUCGACGACAGCAAGCAACAGCGGAGGAAUCUGUACGCCGCUGCGGCGGGGUUAUGUCUGGCGCCGCUGAUUCUCACGAGGUUGGUGAUGUGGGAGGGGAUUCAGCGGUUGCUGGGCGGAGAGGUGGCGGAGGCGGAAGCGAAGCUGUUGUUGGAGAGUUGGAUUCGGGGUAAUUGGGUUCGCGCGGGGUUGAUGGUGGCGGCGGGGGGGAUUGGGAUGGUUACUACUACUAUGGAAGGAUGA